AUGAACAACUCAUCCACACCAACCCUAGAUAGUCAUGCACCGAAAAAGACCACUUCGAUAAAAUCCCUCCCUUCAUUACAACCAAGACAAUCAAACCAAAACCAAAACCUAAAUCAAAACAUAAACUCGCAUUUGCAGCAGAGCCCACAAAGACAACGACAGCAUUCACUAUCGGGACCCCAAAGACAAUCAUCUACAGAAAGCAAAUCUGCUCGUAACGACAUGGAAAGAGAACGGCUACGCGAGCGAGAACGAGGUACAACAUUGUCAUCAAUGAACAUACCAAUUCAAUCUGUCGAGAGAAAUCAGAAACAACCGAAGGCAAAGCCGGAUCUUGAAAUCGAUACCAGAAUACGACCAGAGCACUUGAGGAUACGAAGUGCUACGUUGCCCAAUCAUCCAACACUACGACCUUCUCCUUCAUUUGCAUCGAAUGACUCAAAUGCCGAGAGCCCGACUUGGCUCUUGAGUGAUUUACUUUCAAAUUUGAGUUCCCUCAAGGAUAAAGAUGAAUAUUCCAUAGUUCAAAAAUCAAAUGAUUUGGUAUCACUAUUUCAAUCUUACCCCAAUUUGAAAGAGGAGGUUCAAAUAAAGACAGUGUUGCCAAGAAUACAAUUUAUGUUGUAUCAUCCAGUACCAGAAGUACGCUCAUCAUGCUAUCGAAUAUUGCGGCAUUUAAUUGUAAAUUACAACAGUCUUAUCCUAUUAGGACAACUGAAGUUGCUCAUCUUUAUCAUUACGAGUCUAGCUAAUGAUCAAUACAAGUCCUCAUUAGUUGAAAUGACACAAGCAUUAAAGUUGAUAAGGCAAUACUUGACUAUAGAUAAAGGGGCCGACUUGUUAUCUGUUGGUGUCAUAAAAGCAUUGAUUGCUAUUAUCGAAAGCGAACUGCAUGAUCAUAGUCAUACCAUAUCGGCAUAUGGAUUACACGUGGUGCUGAUUCCCGACGGCUUCAAAAACGCUUGUUUGGAGACGAUUUGCGAAAUUGCGCUAUUGAAACCAGAACUAGUUUUCCAUUCAGGAGGAUUCAAGUUGAUGGUUAAUUCAAUUAUUGAAGGCUCGUUUGAAGUGGCGUCAACGUGCUUGAUGAUUAUCCUACGAUUAUUGAGUUUCCAAAAUUCACGCAAGUUUCUACGUAAUGGAUUCGAUUUGGAUUCUUUGAUUGCUGUGUUUUCCACUGAUGAAGAUUCAGGUGAUUCCAAGUUUAAGCAUGUUUCCAAUUUCAAAUUGCAGAAAAUAUCGGUGCUAAUAUCGAUAUUGUUGCGUGAUUUCAACGGAUUGGUUGCAUUUUCCAUCAACAACUUCACCAGUAUAAACAAUCUUUUAAUCAAUUUGAGCAAGAAAAACCACCGGGUUCAGGAUCUUAUUCUUGAUAUACUUCUUGAUGCAUUAAGAAUCAGAGUGUUUCCGUGGUUGGAGCAUUCGCCGAUUGGCGAUUUUAUAGCAAAGUUUAAUCAACAGUAUCAGCAGCAUUUUGCCGGUAAACGAAAAUUCACCUUUGAGUACAAGGAUAUUAAGGAGCCGUUUCCGCGCGAUGUUGUCCAUCAUUAUCAGGGGUUACUUACUUAUAUAUUGGUGGGAAAUGACUUGUUUGAGAAGUUGUUGCCCAUUAUUGAAGACACUCAAGAUGGUGGUGACAAAGGUUUGCAAAAAAAGGCAACUUUUCUUCUUCUGAAACUUUAUUUUAUUGCCAACAACUAUUUACCCCAUGAAUUGGUGAAAUCUAAGUUGCAAAUACCAGGUAUAUUGGAGCAUAUAUCGUUGACAUCCACUAAACAGACCCAUGGGGCAAUCGAGACAAACCAAUACAUUAAAUCUAAAGUCAAGAGCGUCAUGGCACAAACUAACUUCAAUGUCGACGACGAUGAAUUUAAAGCCAUGAUUACCAAUAGCAAAGUGUUGACGGUUAAAGAGUUUGAGCAUUGGAAUUGGCCGAUACUUACGGCUCUAGUACAGGGCCCAUUAACCGACCCUAAACGAUUUGAAGAAGUUUUGGAAAAGACGCCCAAAUUUUUCAAACGAUUGAUUUCAUUUUAUCGCCCCUUCAAAUAUCGGUUUUCGUCGGUACACAAUACCAAAAAUGCAUCAAAGUACAUUGAAUUUGGAUGCUUGCUAUUGGAAAUGUAUCUUAGUACUGAUGUGGGACUCAAGUAUUUAUCAUCGAGCAAGAUUUUGCCACAAAUUGCCGAAAUCGUGGCUCAAAUCGACCCUUAUAGUGGUAUAUCAUCAAAGGAUGCGAUAUUGAGUAAGAAACGACUUGAAAGUACAGCAUCGGAGGGGUACUUGCGUUUUAUUGGUGUCUUGAGUAGCAGUAAUGAAGGGUUAACCAUUUUAACCAAUUGGCAAUUAUUCACCAUGUUUACCAACAUUAUUUCUGCGUCGGCCGGACAGAAUGAAGCGACGAAUUUAUUCAUAUUGACAUUGUUUAAAUACGUUGACUUUACCGUGGACAAUAGUCCAUUCGAGAUUUUACUCAAGAUGGCGUUAACUGUAUCCAAUUUGAAAGUUCGCAUUUAUUUGUUGAAACAUAUGGUGCCGCAAUUGUUAACUACCUUGGAAUGUCAAGAGUUUUGCAUUGGUGUCCUUAUUGAUAAUCUAUACGAUACUAAUCCCGAUGUUGUCAUUCGAUCAAUUGAUUUAUUGUUUAGUUUUUACCAGGGUAACAAUUUCGAGAAUUUACAAUCAAUAAUCAAGUAUCAACCCCCUGUUCAUAUUUUGCACAAGUUUGAAUUAGGCCGACGUUUCCUUGUUAAUUUCUUAAAUGAUCUGGUGGGGUUUAAAUACUUGGAAAUGUAUGGGUAUCUAGAGCAAGAAUUCAACAAUUGGUUUCAAAUUGUUGAUUUCGAGUAUUUGCGGAAAUUGGAACAAUUGAUUCGAUAUCAAUUUUACCCCUAUGUCAACAUUGGUGCUUUACAAGGACACGGCAAAGUGAAUAUAGCUUUGAAUGCUGGUGAAGUCGAAUUAUCGUCGUUAUAUUUUUUCAAAUGUUUGUUAUCUACUGAAGAAGGAUUGGCGUAUUUCCAACAAGGCAUGGCACGCGAUUUCUUUGAGCAAAUAUUAUCAUCAGUUGAAAGUAUAUUCAAUCAAAUCAAUAAUGAUGAUGAGUUUCUUGAUAUUGAUAACCAGGAUGAAAUUCAUUGCGAUUUGCUCAGUUUGUUAAAGCAGAAUUUAUGGAUCAUUGGUCAAAUUGGAUCGGGCAAAUAUGGUAUUCAAUUGUUGGAUCCGUUGUAUAAUAUCAAUUUGAAAUCAUCGAUUGUUGAAUUGAUCUUGGAUCAGUUUCAUCAUUGUCCUAUUUGGGAAAUUAGAGGAUUGUGUUUUUAUGUACUUGGGAUGAUAUCAACUACGAUUGAGGGUAUUGAGAUUCUUGACGAGUAUGGUUGGAGUUCGGUAUUGGACCAAUACGGCAACAGCAUGAAAUUGGCCUAUCCUAAACCAAUAACUACCCCAGGUUCAACUGACGAUGCUACAUCCAAUCUAGAUGAUGCAAAUUUAUUCAAUGUGGCAGUGGUGAACCCCUACCGAGACGCCCAAUAUUUCAAUAUUUUCAACAGUAUGAUUGAAGAAACAUCAAUUGAAGUCCAAUCGCCCCCAACUACUCGCAUAAUUUUCCACAAUUUACACAAUUUGAAUUCAAUCUUAUCGAAAAUCGAACUAAAAGCUGUACGUGAAUUGAAGAAUUUGAAAUUGCAAUCGAGUAGUCAAGUGUUUGAUGAUGGUGAUUUAUUUCUUGAUGUCAUUCGGUUAAUUGAUAAGGGCAAUUUCGCCUUUCAUAAACGUAUAUUCAUUUUUAAAUUAUUUACGGAAAACACUCGUGUAUUGGAGUCGAUAUUGAAACGAGAACGACGAGGCUCGUUUAAGAUGGCGAUAGCAACGAGCACCUAG